UAAUACGAAGUUAGAGCACUUUAAGACUGCAAGGCUAGUCAUUUCGUUUGCAGUUUUUACUCACAUCUUUACACCAAAGUCCCAAACGGGAUUUCAGUCUAGAGCAUAUACUUUCAACAUGUCUUCUAUUUAUGCCCUUGUACUCAUCCUCCCGACCCUGACCUACGCCGGGGUGGUAGAGAAUGCGAAACACAUGUUCCAGAAAAUGGACGCAGACGGUGACGGAGAGCUGACGAGGAAAGAGUUUUUCGAUUACGUGAAGAACUUCGACGAGAACCACGACCUCGGGCUCUCCCUGCAGGAACAGAAGAACUUCAUCGGCUCGCUGUCCCCGGACCUGGUCCAGUACGUGGAGGCCUGGUUCCCCAUCGGCGACACGAACCACGACGGCAAGUUUGACCAGUCCGAGAUGGACAAGUCCUUCGCCGUCCUCGACUACAACAAGGACGGCGUGGACACGGAGUCGGAAUUUGUCAGGUAUGUGGUUGAGGUAGUAGUGCCCGCAUAAGUGCAUCAUGCCCUCCGUGCAGAGCAUGGUUGUUGGACAGACCUAUUGACCAGAUGUUUAUCACGAUGAUUCCAAUAAAAUAAUUAAUAUUCAAAGAAACACGAUUACACUUUCUUAAAAUAGAUAGCAAUUGUAUUUUAGUGUGUUUGAUGUAAAAUAGCAUGUAAUUUUUUUAUACACUUUGGUAUUUUUUUUUUGGUUCUUUAGUGGUACUACUUGAACUCCUGUGAUAUUUAAUAUUACCGUUUUGUCUUAAUUAGUUUGCUUUUUUUAAAAAAAACGACACAUUAAAACUAUGCUUCUUGUGUCUAUAAUACAAUACAGAAUGCUUAAAAAUAAAACUGUCUCCGGCUUGAAGUUCUUAUUUUAAUUAAUUGUUGUCCUUAAAGUGCACGGUUUACCUAUUCUUAUCAUAUGUAAUCAGAAUACCCAAUCUUUUCUUAUGUGUACAAUCUUCAAACAACAAUAUGUUUGAGCAAAACCGAACAAAAACAAAAAUGAAUAAAUCAUAACAGAAAAAGUAAGCUGAAAAAAUGAACACAACUUAACGAAAGCGAAACAAAACAGGACUAUUCAUUACAUUGUUGCACUUUAAUAUAUUCUACGCAUUCGAUUUGCAUGUUAUGCACUUUAUUGAAUGUAGGUUAUGU